CGCUCUGUGGACCAGCACACGCGCACGCCACGCCACCUGCGACUGUGAUUGUUCGGAGAUUUAUGCUUACGCGGAUUUUCGAAUUUCAAACGAGUUUGGGAAACUUUUUACUGGACAUAAAAAAAGUUUUGGUGACCGGUAGAGCUGCUGAAAAAGUCCAAACUGAAUGCUGAAAAGCACGCACAUUUAACGCUUGUUGUUCUUGGAUCAGUUUCUUCCCCUGAUUGUGAGAAUAUUUUCCUGAUUCCAUGUUUAAAGUAAAAUUCGAACUUCUGCUUCAUGGUUGUUAGAGCCUACUAAAAUUUUAAGAUCUCCAAUAUGAAAUUAGCUACAGUUCUGGCAGUGCUGUGGGUCAGCGAGGCCUCGUUAAAAGAACUUCGCUCCAGAAAUAAAAGCAAAACCAUUUCCUCCUCCCCGGACAACAUAUGUAAUCUAGAACCUUCUCAUAAUGACAACAUCCGUUGUUUCUGCACAAAAGACAAAUAUCAUCAAGUUUCAUCGGCAGAGUGUUGGAUAUUCGGAAGCGUAACCAAAGACAAUUUUAUGUGGAAGUUGAUAAUUGAGUCGCAACCGUAUCUCGCGGAGUUCAGUGUCAUAUCGAGCAAAAACGGCGAUUUGAGUAGUAUACCCAAAUACUUUUCGUCGAGGAUGCUGUUUUUAAAAAACUUAACAGUUACUUUCGGUGUUAUCGAGACUAUCGAGAAGUUCGCAUUCGGCAACUCCACGUCGCUCCAGAAACUCAUUCUGGCGCAAAAUCAGAUUAAAUAUCUCGAUCAAUUCUCUAUUUCGAACCUCCUUUCUCUAACGGAAUUAGAUUUGAGUGAGAAUAAUAUCAAGUUAAUUCAUCCUGCUGUUUUUCUGAAUGUGCCGCAGUUGAAGUACGUUCGUUUAAAUAAAAAUAACAUUACAAAAAUCGAAGAUAAGGCAUUUGCCGGUCUGGGAAAUGCGCUAGACUUGGAUUUGUCGGAGAAUCUGCUGUGCGAUAUUAACAACAUGACGUUUUUCGGGUUGUCGAAACUUAAAGUGAUCGAUCUUAGUAUGAACAGAAUUAUUGGACUAACUUCCUCGGUGUUUCUGGAGCUUUGGGAUAUUGAGGAAUUGUAUUUGGAUGACAACAACAUCGAGUUUAUAUCCAACAGAGCUUUUGAUGGCCUUCGAUUUUUGAAAACUUUGAGCUUGAAAAAUAACAGGCUUUCCAGAUUUCCGGCAGGAUUAUUUACAAGUGUAUUUACACUUGUUCAUCUCGAUCUCAGUUACAAUCGCCUGGAAACUCUCGUUUUCGACUCAAUAGAACAGUUUUACAAUAAUCUGCUACAUAAUGGAACAAUUCAUUUAAAAGGAAAUCGAUUUAGCUGUGACUGCAGAUUGGACUGGGUCUACAUUCUUUAUCAAAAAACUGCACAAGGGCAUAUUCGCAAGUCACUAGAAGAGCUUAAUUGCUCUUUUCAGUCAGAUAGAAUACCUGCGAAAGAAUCCACAGAGCAUUUGGUGUGUCCACCAAAAUCAGACGACUAUACAUACCAAAAACAAAGCAAUGAAAUAAGCAACAUGACAAACGACAUCCAUACGCACAAAAUUAACUUACUGUCAAUGCCAGUAAAGAAAUUACCUUGUCCUCCUGAGUACAGACCUACCCCGAUCACCGUCAAACAAGGACAUCCGCAGGGUAGUGAAAUCUCCAGUAAUUGUGGUGUAUAUUUUAAAUCUUUGCACGUGAUAUAUAUUGGUAUUUUUGUCUUUCUUGUAUAAAAACUUUUAACCUGUCAGCUGGUCGGGUUAGUCCAGAAUUUAAAGACUGAAAAAGUGAAUCGUUCGUCGAUAAAACUUAUAAUACAGCCUUUUUCAUAUACAACAUAAAAAAUGUUUCCAAUUUCUUAUCUUUCCAUUGUUAAAAAACGUUAAUAUAAACAUAAUGUGUCAAUAGAAUAACAAAUCACACUGCUACGUAUAAAAUUUAUAGCGGUAUCUUUUCUUUACUUCUUUUCACUAAAUAUUAUAUAUUAUUUAUUCUUUUUCGAAGGUUUUUCAUACUCUGAUGUUUGAAUCAUGAGAUUAUAAGUCUGGUACUUUAUUUUUUAUAUUAAUAGCAUAUACAAAGACAACGACGCCAGAGUUAGAGUCAAUGGGAAUCAAAAGUUUCUGAGUCACUAUAUGCGUGAGACAAGGAUGCAUGCUAAGCCCAAUUCUAUUCAACGGAAUGAAUAAUAUGGAACGUCACUGAGGACUGGAACGGUAACGUAAAUAUCGGCGGGAAAAAGUUUUGCAACUUGAGAAAUGCAGAUUAUACAAGCAUCCUUGCUAGUUCCGAGGUUGAACUAAUUGAAUAAGCGAACUUAACUAUGGGUCUUAAAAUAAACAGAGACAAAACGAGAAUGAUGAGAAUUGGCAGAACCAACAACAAACAAAAUGAUAACGAUGAUAAAAAAAAAUAUCGCUGUUGUAGAUACAUUAGGUAUUUGGACUCUUUAGUAACUAACAAGGCUGCAGAAAUGAGGUAUCUACGCAGAGUUCAAGGAGUCACAAGGGAUAGGGUAAGAAAUAACUACAUAAGAGAAGAACUGAAAAUCGAGACAAUUAUAGAGUAUGUUGAAAAAAGACAAUUAAGUUGGUGGGGGCAUUUACAACGACUAAAGACAGAAGUAGCAGUUAAGAAGAUAUGGGAAACGAAGGUGAAGGUGAAAAGAAGUAAAGGAAGACCGAGAGAGACAUGGAACGAAGUGAUGGCAAGGAUUCUUGAUAAAAAAGGAAUAUCAUGACACCACGCUAAGGCUAUGGCACAGUACAGGAAGCAAUGGAAGAGAUUUGUGCACUAUUAACAGAGCACAAGCCAUACCUACACUUGAGAGGGUAGUAGAUCUAAAGAUUAUAUAUAGUAACGAACAAAGAGGGCUGUUCUAAAGAAAUAAAGCGCCGGUCAGCAAGUGGAAACAGCCGUAUGGUAAAAUUAAUAAAAAUUUGUAAAAAAACAUGAAAUAACUAUCGAUAUAAAAAUGAAACUGGUAAGAACUCUAUUUUUUCCAGUUUUCACUUAAGCAUCGUAAUGUUGGCGCAGCAUACAACGAACCCGACGUCAUAACAUCCAUAAAGAUCGGACGUCUGCGCUGGAUGGGCCAUGUUGAACGAAUGUUGGAGACCGAAACACCAAAACAUAUAAUGAGGCAAAGACCAGUAGGGAAAAGGUCAAAAGGAAGACCCAAACUUAGAUACAUGGAACAAGUGGAACAAGAUCUGAAAACACUUGAGAUUACCCACUGGAAGAACAAAGCAAGGAACAGAACAGAAUGGCGGAAAAUCUUAGAACAAGCCAGGACCCAAAAAGGGUUGUCGAGCUACUGAUGAUGAUAAUGAUGAUCGUAAUGUUGGAAAAAGAUUAUAAAUGUAUUUGUAUUGGAGAUGUACAAUACUGCUGGAGACGAAUGCUGAAAAUACCAUGGGUUGCCCGAAAAACAAAUUAAUCUAUAGUGAACCAGCUAAAAAUAAAAAACAAAUAUCAGAACAAUUAAUAGGGUCUUCAGGAACUUGCCAUCCAGGGAAAGAUAGAAGGCAAAAUAAGUCGAGGUAGAUCUCUCACACGAUUUACGGACUAUAUUGAUGCUAUCAUUGGCGCUCGAUUGUUCUAAUGCGCUGAAAUGACAAAAGAUAAAGGGACAUGGAAGAACAUUGAAAAAAUCAGUUAAUAGUAUUAUGGUAUCACGAUGCCUGCAUCAGGUUAACGACUGAGUAGAAGAAGUUUAUUUUUCUUUAUAUCUCCAACUAGAUAGAGAGGCAAGAAAGAUCACUCUUAGGCAAGCCGCACACCAAAGAAACAUGAAACGAAAAACAUGAAACAUUGGCACGUCAAACAUGUUUCAUGAAAAUAAAACACUGCUAAACAAAUCUCAAAGUCCGCCUACCAAUGAAACUAGUGUGAUUCAUGCUCAUGACACAUUUUAUUUUCGGAGAGUUUCAUAAAUGGCCGGACGUAUAUUUGUUUAGCAGUGUUUUAUUUCCAUGAAACGUAAUUUACGUUUCGUGUUUCUUUGAUGUGCCUUAAGGAAAGGGAGACAUAAGAAUAAAUUCGAAAUCGGCAAAAACAAAUCGAAAAAUGAAGAGAAUACCUCAUUGAAAUCUGUUUAGUAGAGUAGAUAAAAAGCAUUUUAUAAUGUAUAAUAGCAUUUACUCUGUAUGUAUAAUUAAUAUUGGUAUCCCUAAGUAUCUGGUUACCCUGGCUGAAGGUUUUAUGAGGGUACCGAAGUAAUCGUGAUAUUAGAAAACAUAAAAUCCUCACGAAAAUCAGAAUAGAUAACAACCACAAUUUCCUCAAAAGAGUCCACUCUGAUAUUCUGAUAUUUGGUAAUUUUCAUUGGAUUUCGGAUCAUGUUUCAAUUGUAGCAAGUCUAAUUUUAUUCCUGAGGAAACAUCUUUUGUAGACUAAAACUUUACCAUAUUCAGAUCCUGUACCAUUGCCAGAUUUACAUUUUUUUUCUUCUUCAAUUCACGAUAGAAAUGACUUAACAGCAUAUCCACCUUUUUCCACCUUCUCCACUUUGAAAUGAUUGGCCAUAUCAAUAAUAGUCACUAGUGCUAAUGUGCUACAUGGUGUAGAGGUAUGAACAAGGAUGUCUACAUGUGCUUUGUAGAUUACUCGAAAGCCUUUUACAAUGUAAGACAUAACCAACUAAUUAAAAUUUUACAAAACAUAUAGGAAUUAAUGAUAAGUACAUCCGAAUAGUGACAAGUCUCUACUGGAAUCAGACAACCAGGGUAAAAGUCGACAAUGCGUCCACAGAGAGCAUUGAUAUCAGAAAAGGUAUGCAACAGGGAUGUGUUCUCUCCCCUCUCCUUUUUAAUAUUUACUCCGAAAAAAUUUUUAAAAAAGCAGUGGAUGAAGACAUAAAAAUCAAUGGAGAAUUGACAAAUAACAUCCGAUAUGCGGACGAUAUGGGUCGUACUUGCCAGUAGUGUCGAUAAACUUCAGUGUCUUAUGGACAGGGUACAAAGAGCGAGUGAAGAAAGUGGACUUAACCUCAACAUAAAUAAAAACAAAUGGAUGCUGGUCAGCAAAACAUAAAAACCUGCAAGAGAAUUGAAAAUAAAAAACCAAUUAAUUGAACACGUUGACUUGUAUAAAUACCUUGGAACAGUCUUCAACUCGAAAUGGGAUCAAACAACCGAAAUACGAUCUAUGAAAAGGCCAGAGCAACAUUUUACAUGAGAAAUAUAUUCACCCGUUCCGACAUAUCUCUCCCACUAAAAAUACGGCUGCUAAAAUGGUAUGUAUUUCCAGUUUUGCUAUGUGGCGCAGAGGCAUGGACACUAACGGAAAUUAAUGAGGAAACUGGAGGCAUUCGAAAUGUGGGUGUAUGGACGUAUCCUCAAAAUAUCCUGGACGACUCGCACCACCAACGUAGAGGUAUUGUGCCGAAUGGGAAAACAAAAAGAAAUCUCUUUCACAUUUGAGGCUAUGAGAGCCAGAGUGGCCUAACUGAUUUAAACAUUACUUUACAUAAUCAAAGAAAAUGAUCAGCAUCUAACAAUAUCCGAUUGUUUUAGCAGUUUUAUGUUGACCAAUAAUGAUUAUUGGCAACAUAAAACUACUAAAACAAUCGGAUAUUGUUAGCUUCUGCUGAUUUUCUUUGGUUAUGUAAAGUAAUGUUGAAAUCAGUUAGUCCACUCUGGCUCUCAUGGCCUCAAUUAAGAAACGGAAACUUGAAUACGUCGCUCAUAUUAUGAGACAUGAUAAAUAUCAUAUACUCCAACUGAUAAUACAGGGUAAAAUAGAAAGCAAACGGGUACCUGGUAGCAGAAGACAUUUCGUCGGCCUCAUAUGAAAAGUGCCCAAGUCCAAAUUAACAAAUUUUACAGGAGACGAAUAAAACUGAUUUAAAGAAUGAUUUUGACUUAAAAAAACUUUGUCUUAUUUGACACAGUUACUUAGAAUAGUGUCCGUCAGCCUUCUCAUAAAGAUAGAUCUAUUUUUAAAAUAUUAGGUUUGUUCUAGCAUCAGUUUCAAACGGUUUGAAACCAUCAGCGAAUAGUGGACCAGCGCGAGUAGAGAGAAUAGCACCGGUGACUGUAUUACAUUUUCGCACUGACCAACUGUUUACUAACGGUUUUUGACUAUUUUAACCGUUUGCUAAAACAAACCUAAUAUUACUUUAAAAAUGGAGCUAGGCAACUUUAUUUUUUGAAAUAAGACAAAAUUUUGGAGUUAGGCACAUUUAAUAACGAAUAUCAUGAAGAAAUAUGGGUAACUCCAUAAAAAGUCGCCAAAACUAAACUGUGAAAAAUGCUUAAGUCCCACAAGAAAAAACAAAUGUGGGGUUUUAAGGAUAUUAAUGCUACUUAAAUAUAGUUAACAAAAGACUAUAAUAAUAUGAUCGAAUUGAACUUACCUUCAAUAAGUUUACACUAUUUCCAUGAAGAUACAUAUGUUAGCUUAUAAUUCUUUUCUUGAAGAUAUAACACAGCAGCGCAGCAAAAGUACAUCUAGCCUCAAUGAAAAUGAUGGACUUUAACAAGUUUCAUGUGAUUCACCCAACGCCGUGGAGUUGGGUAGAAUUCUUUUUUGUUAUUCUAGCGACAUCUAUUGACUCUUUUGAACUUUUUUGUCUUGCUAUGCAUGCGUACCAUAAAUAUUAAUCAGAUGGCGCAAAAAUUUUAGUUUUGCUUAUUUUCUGACUUAGGCACUUUUCAUAUGAGGCCGACGAUUUAUGGCUUCAAAACUUACGCCAAUGGUUUUGACGCAAACAAAAUUAGAAUUGCUAUGAUGAUAGCCAACGUCCGCAACGGACAAGGCACAUGAAGAAGAAGAAGUGCUAAUGUGCAGCAUCUUCUCCAAUAAUCACAUCCCUUGUAUUUAUUCUGCUUUCCAUUUUUCACUUAUCACUCACGUCUCUGAGCUAUACAGUCAGCAGCUUCCCAUUAAUUUCUUAAAGAUUUGGUGUUUAGUUUUGCUUGCAAGUAUUUAUAUUGAUGUCUUUGUUUAUUAUUUAUCUCCAGAACUUCUGCAGUGUUUCGAAUGACCAUUGAGUUAGCAUUUUAUCACAGUUAAUUUCUACCCUAGCGUCUACAUUCUUCUUCCACUUUUUUUAUCAUAUACAUAGACGACGAUGCGAUCUUUGCCUUGUGCUAAAAUUAUUUGAUCAUCAGCAAACAAAAGGCUGUGGAUAUAAUUGUCAUCCAUUUUUACUCCCAUCUGUCUAAAUUGUUUGUUUCAGUUCCAAUGACUCUACUAGCACAAAUAUAUACAGAGUGUAUACAGGGUGGGGCAUUAGUGUGAUAAAGUCCAAUUACUCGUUUGUCGUAAGAGAU